UUCGUUCCGCCACGAGGGGUGCGACUACUGCCAUCUUCGGCUUCAGCUCCUAAUUUUCAUAAUAAACCGUCAUGUCGAGGUGCGAUCAGGAGCGCCUGCACGGCUCAGCACGCGAACUCGAGGAGGGUACGCUCGGAGCGACCACCCGAGUUUCUGUCCGACGACGACGUGUUUUAUUUCCACGAUCCAAACACAAGCUCCAAAAUUUGGCUCGUGGGGACGACCCACAACACCAAGGCUAGCUCGAAGUUGGUCAAGAAGGUUGUCAGGAGGGUGAAGCCGAAAGUUGUCAUGGUCGAGAUCGACCCUUGUCGGAUCAAGAUGCUGCCUCCGGGAGAAGCAACAAAGGACGGCGAUGGCCUGUGGUGGUGGGAUGCCGUACAAGAGGCGGGUCCAGCAACUGCUGUUUCUAGUGGUGAUCGGGACAAGGACGAAGUCCAAGCGGCGAACACAUCCCGGACUCCAGGCGAUGGGCUUGAAACGGCGACGAAUGCUGUCGCCAGAACGAGACGCAGGGCCAAGAACGACAUGAAUACCGACGGAAUGGAGAUGAGCGAGUUCUAUGCAGCAGCUCGGCAGGCUGUCGCUUGUGGCGCUCGCGUUCUUCUCGGAGACAGAGACUUCCAGGAGACCACGCGCCGAGUCUCCGACGCGGACCGUGCGGACCAGGAAGAAGCGAUGAGUUCACUCGGGGACAGCAGUGCGGGGAAGAAAAACACGGUCGAACCACGAAUCAAGCGACGUGUCCUCGAGGGAACAUCACCCGCUUUGUGGCGCAAGCUGCGCGACUUGGAGAAGACCUGGAAACCUCGAAAGUUUGCAGUCCUCGUGACCGAGCGAGAUGAGGUGAUGGCGAGCAAUCUUUUGAAAGUCGAGGAGGGUCAAGGAACGGUAGCUGUAGUUGGGGCUCACCACACGAUAGGAAUCGGAGGAAUCUUGAAGGCCAACGGAUGGAAAACUCGGCGAAGAUGAGGCGCUCAGGCGAUGUCGUCGGUGGCAUGACCGAAUGCGUUGCUCAGAAAUUCCUACGCUUCCGAGGAGACCUGACGUUCACCUCACGGCCAAACUCAUCGUGGAAAGGGAGUUAUGUUAUUCGGCAGAACUCUGUCCGCCUGCGAAGCGAAUCAUGGAUACCUUGCCCGCACCCGCUGAGCGAAUAAUAUCGGGGUGAGCUUUAAUCGGGAGAUGGGUGGAAGACGCGACGAAUGCUGAAGUCAAACAAUCGCGACAUCUUGGGAGGGAAUACCUCCUGUUCAGUGAACACGAAGCUGAUGUUCUAGGUAAAAUGACUCUCCGCACCUACAGGGGAAUCAUCCUUGGAGACCAUUCACCGUGGUCAAUGUGCUUGUAAAUCGCAUCUUGGAGUGUAUGGGAAUCAUCCUUGGAGACCAUUGAUCGUGGUCAAUGUGCUUGUAAAUCGCAUCUCGGAGU